AUGCCUCGAUCUUCAAGAGCAAAAUGUCAUUCAACAGCCCAAUUUGAUUUGAAUUAUAUCAUCAAUCAUGUUUUUUUCCCCCUCAAGUUGCCGCAAGGGAGUGACCAUUCCCUUGGGAACGACCUAGCCCUAUCUCAGUUGGUAGUGGAUGCUGCUAUCGCCUACAGCGACCAGCUGCCGUCCGAUAAGCUGCUGCUUUGGAUGAGCAGCUUGAAAAUGCUUCGGAACCUCAAAGAUUCAAUCAGAUUCAGCGUCAUGUCUGCAAAGGAAGUCGAAUCUCAGAUCAUUGCCAUGUACAACAAAGAUGUCCUUGUAUACAUAAUUCGCGCACAAAACGCUGCGGUGGUCAUGAGAAAACUCGAAUCCGAGACCAUAUUCGAAUCAUUCGAAAUCUCUCCCGACUCCACCGCCGUGAUGGGCGCAAUGGGAAAACUGAUCUGUUCGUAUCCUGGACCUGCUAUCACAGUUCCGGAUACGAACAUUGAUCAUGCUACCUUUCACGCUGAGCUCGCGAAUUUUCUAGUUCGCAUGGAUCAAGAUGUGCUUGAUGCGGCAGCGACGAGGAAAAAAGCUGGUUCCACUGUUCUCGAAGAGAGAGAUACGACUCAUCCUCGAUAUAUCACAGAACUAUUGACUGGUAUACUGCGUGGCCUAGGGAGCAUCGCCGACGUUCCUCGCAUCCGUAAGCGCAUCGGAGAUGAUGUACUGUGGGACAACGCUAAAUUACCGUGGAGGCGUUCUUCACUUUGGCUCGUCAUUCGCGUUGCCUUACAGACGACUCUGGAGCGCAGCGCUCUCGGACGAACAACGUAUAAAUCAUUCAUCCUGUUCUUCAUGGCGAGGCUCACGACCUCUGCCCUCGACCAUGACAUGUCGAAUGACAUCCUGUACUUCAUGUCAGCAAAGAUUGCACGCCGUCUUUUCAAGCUUGGAUCCUCUGCUCCUCCGGAGUUAUCACACAUGAUCAAUAAGGUUACCAGCGAGGUUAGGAGUCUUCUAGAAGAAAGAUGGGGAUCUGUUCAAGACGCGCAACGGGCCUCACCUCAUUGGGCUCCUGAGACCCUCCAAGUCUUGCGAGAUACCCAUCUGUCUUUAAAUACGAGCCGGGAGUACAUAUCCCAAGCUUUGCAAAAUCAACAUUCGUCCUUCCAACCAGCCUCAUUCAACCUCAGCCACCGCAUGCGCGGGACAAUCAAUGAUUUCCUUGAUGCUGAUGGUGGAUUCCUUGUAGCUGCUCAUGCUGCGGAACCAUUCCUCUCCCUCACAGAUUUCGAGAUGGUCGUUAGAUCAGGGAUCGACGACUGGGUAGCGCGCGUUUCAUUUCACAGCAUCGAUUCCGCUUGCGUCUCGAUCGAGGCGUGCGCCUCCGCAUACUCCUCGAGAGCACUGGAUGCUUACAAGGGAAACCCAGAGAAUUUGUCCAUUAUGCUCAUUACUCUUUUCGAGCUCUGGGUAGCCAUGGAUAAGAUCGUUAUUCGACAGAUCCCAUUCCUGGCAAAAUAUUCUCCCGAAAUCCCAUUGACCCUUUGGGAGCAUCUGCUCAUCCGCCAAUCUUCAGCCCUUGAUCGUUUAAAGCAGCUACAUGCCUAUCUGAAACUUCGUCAUUGCCAGGCUCCCGGCCGUCUGUCAGCAUUGUCGUCUACCAAUGGCGACAGGUCGUUCGCAGAGCGGUAUUUUUACCAGUCAUCCAAGCUGCAGAAUUUGAAGUUGACCAUCGAGGCGGAUGCUCGGAAAGAGCGGGAGAAGAAGUUGACUGAGCUUUGGACCCUCAACAAGAGGUACGCUAACCUAGAUAAACAUGCAGCAAGUUUGGUGCAUGAAUACACCGUCAACUCCCGUGGCGAGGAGUGCCAUGACCAACAGAGCUGUGAGAAGUGUCGCCUAGAAAAGCAGAUGCAAUCGAUGACCAUCACAGUUCACGAGUGGCCGCUACCACCCCAUGAAAAAGAGGCAAUCGUGGUCGUGUUUGAGCUGGGAUGCCCCACCGCCUUCGACAUGUGGAGAUGUAUGACAUUCCACAUUCUCAUUGACGUCUGCACUCAGGAGAAAAUUUCGCCCACCCACCCCUUCAUGACACUGUCGAAAUAUGGCGCCUUGAAGCAUUACCGCGAGUACCAUCCAAGGCAGCGGCUGACUUUGGCGUCGGAUGCCAAACCCUUCAGCAACUCCCAUUACAGCCGCAUUCACGUUCCUACGGUCGACGAGAGGGUCUGUGUAAAUGGCGGACUCAAAUUCCGGCAAUUCGAUACAACCACAGGUGCAUGGGCGGCCAAUGCACUGCUGCUGCGCUUCGAUUCUAGCAAGUUGUGCACUUUUACUCUUCCCAAGGGACCAUAUGAUGCUUUGCAGCGGUACCUUUCAGAAACAUCCCAUGCAUCGAACGAAGUCAUAGCCAACCAGGCUGAUUGUCACAAGGACAUGACCAUUCAUGAAUUCAUCGCAUUUGGAACUUUUCGGAGUGGACCGCGAUUGCAAUGGAUGAACGUGCUGCGCGAACUCCGUGCAAGGUCACUCGAUUUUCGACGCGAGGAAGUCCAUUUACUAUUAGCCCAAGCUAUUUCACAGGUUGGCCCACUUUCGUCCGAUGACGGCCUUAUUUGGCACGAGGAGCUGAACAGCGUGCCAUUCCUCAGUACACUACUCGGAGAGCUGGAGUCUUUGACGGCGAGUAUCGAAGAAAAUUGGUUGGAAGGUGUCGCGAUAAGCACCAUCAUCAUGCUCGUGUGCCGUGUCCUGUCCUCGACUCAGGCAAAGAGUAUACGAAGUCGUGGAUAUUCGCUGAUUCGAAGGAUCCGAACUGCGACCUAUACCUUGCUGAUGCAGCUAUCGACGAAAAUGCAAGCCAACAACGACGUGACGGUCCGUCGGGAGUUACAGGGACGUGUUCGUGAUAUGGCAGUCACCUGUCGAAGCACAUUUGACGUUGACGGAGGUGCAUCUCUGCUCCUGACGUCGAACGACAUCAAGGUAUUCACAUAUUGUGGCGUCAUGAUUUAUGACAACACUCCAAACCAACUGGGCGAACUUUCCCAACAUUCCAAGCUCCUGCUAGAGCGAGACAAACGAUGCUGUCACGCAUUAGAAGCUACUGUUCGUCAAUUUGCAGAGCUUCAUAGGGAGGGUCUUGAUAGCGCAAUUGCGGAGAUUUGGGGCAGCUACAGACAGGGGACUUCUUGGAGGGCACUACCGGCUCCAAAUUCUCGUUGGCUUGCGUCGCAUACCGCGCCUUCAUGCGCUCAGUUACCGCAAGUUGUGCACUUCAACCUGGUCACUGGGUGCUUGCUCGUCGACGGAAAACAGCUGGGUAGGCUUCCGUCAGAGAUAGUGCAACAUCCCACAUACCGAUCGAUAUUCGGUGAUCGAGUGUUUGACAUCGUCCCGGCUGAUAUUCCUGGAAUGGAUUAUGCGACACGGGGGAAUCUCUGUGACCAUCAGGUGUCUUUUGCUCUACGCAACUCAAAUGAUCUUAUCAUCCGUGCAAAGCAUAUCGACCGAGACUCGCCCGUCCUUCAACUUAUUCCGAGGCAAAAAUUUGUCGAUGACCUGCCAAUGACUUUGAUAACAGGCUAUACACAUUGGCUCAACCUGCGCACGAGCGAAAUCGAGAUUCGGCCAGCCGAAACUGAGUGGAAGUCUUCUGAUGAGAAUUGGCUCCUGCAAUUUGCUGCCUUGGGCCCCUCGAUAUUGCAGAAGGGUGGCAGUACCACUCUCCUUGACAUACGUAGCCAAACAUGGGACAUGAUCUCCAAGAGGAUGCGUCCUCUGGAGGAUACCCGCUACAUCAUGGUCACAUGUAGGGAAGCAUCCGGCGAUACUUUCUCCUCGCUGAAGGUUGAAUUACCCCGAUACGGUCUCGAAUUUUUUGUCGACGAGGAUGGGGAACUGCAGUCCCGCAACAUGCGUAACAUGGUCGUCGAUACCUUUCAGUCUACUGGAACGAUGUUGGGAUUGAUGAACCAGCUCGUCCUGCGUCCGAAGUCGCAAAUCGCAGAUGAGCAUCCGCGCACCGUCAUUAUCCCAGAUGGUCGUAUCUCAUUCUCCCCUGACGGCCAUCACAUCCGGCUCACCAUCGCUCCUGAAGGCAUCCGAGUGACAUACCACUUGUACAGGGUUGAUACAGAUCUACGCUGUCUCACUGGGAAUGUAGGUCUGACGAGCAAACUCUAUCAAGCGUUGCUUCAUGCUCUCACCAGCGGCUGCCUCCCUGAUCCGCUGACGGGUCGAACGGGGACAGAGGAGUCAUUGCAUCUCCUGCAUUCUGCAGCUUGCCAGUCUUUCAUGAAGCUUCGCUCUCGUGAUACAGAUCUUUUGCGCGAGAUCAGUUCGCUGUCCACCACGCGCGUCUGGUAUCCCAUUCAUCUCCGAAAGAUGCAGACAGUUUCAUGGUCAUGUCUUGCAUCCCUUGCACAGCGCUAUGAUUUUCAUGUAGUCGCAAGAUCUAUCAUGGACUACGGCAAGCGGCUUUCAAGUUUCUCUGAAGGGUCCCCAAACUUCCAUUUUCCCUUCUUCCCGUCAUCCAUCGAGCACCUCCUUGAGCGCGCGUCCAUCCGUGCCUCAGUAGUCCAUCCCGACCGAGUCUCUCUGCUGCUUCCGCAUGGUAACGCAGAUGUCAUCUAUGCUUCACGUGACGUCCCUGAUAAACGUGCGGAAGAGAGGGCAUUCAACGCAGCCUUCAUGGUACACCAAUGGCCAAGCAGGCUUCCGGUGCAACGGAAUCUCCUCAGUUUGUUGACUCAGUGGAAAAAUGUCCAGGGCAUUGACGAAUCGCUCAGCUUGCAAUACUCCAAAAACUGGCUUCGACCGAACUUUUCUGAUGUCUUCCUUUCUACCUACGACCGCUGUCGCAGUGCUACGAAGAAGGACACAUUUCAGCUGGUGUUCACCCUGGCUUCAGUAGCAUACAGCCUGUCGAACAACCACGCCCUUGUCCCGACACUCCUAGCGUUUGCCACAGUUCCCGAAAUUCGCAGCCAGGGUGACCCACCAAAGUUCGCUUCCUAUGAUCUCUCGGAUGGUUUCAUGCCAUCCGAUGCGAUACUGGACAAUAUCAUCAGUUCGUGUGCUAAAGAUUAUGAAUUCAGCCAAGAGAGACACCUAACUGCAAGGCCCGGGGAGGAUGAAAAGGCUCUGGGGAUGCGUCGUUAUUCGGCUUUCGAAGACAAGUGUCACUUUGAACGGCAGCUCAUUCUCAACAACGUUCGGGAUUCUUGGCCGUGCGAAGAUCCUCCGGCGCUUCAUACGCUGCAAGCAAACUGCUACAAUCUCAAGAAACUGUCGAAGAAACUUCGCCCCGUAUUUCGCAGCUGUUGGCGAAACCGUUGUCUGAAGCAACAUCUGGACGUCCUGCAGGAGACCCUCGAACGGUUUUACACUCUCAAUCCUCCAUCGAAACUACCCUCACAAUACCAUCUUGAGUCCCGCUUUGAUUACUCGGAUGUUGCUUCACCAACCUCAUCCAUUGAUGCUCAGUACCUUUUUGAUAGAGAUGCGCCUGUCAUACGCAUGUUCGUGUCUUCCCAAGUUCUGCCUAAUUCCAAUCGGCGGGAUUUGGUAUCUCCAGACUCCAGAGUCACAGCGAGGUUGCAGCAGCUUAUCAACAACUUUCGCUCCCAAGGGAGCAACAAGUUCUGCCGUAACUAUAGCAACGAUCUGGACCAGAGCAGGUCGAUUUUCUGCGAAGAGAAGCUUGUUGCCUCACCGGAUUCUACGCCAUACACGACGAAAGUACUGCUCGAGUACCAUUCGCUUCACAGCAAGCAAUUCCAAGAUUCACUAGCAACUAUCAUACACGCCCUCUCUCCUGCUUCUGCUGCUGAGAACGCGUUAUACAAUGCUGGGUUGUGGCCCCGAGUUACACCAAACUUCCUCUUCACUCGCAUGGCUUCUGUAUCAGGGAUUUGUUUGGGGAAGAGUUGGCGUACGGCUCUCAUCCGCCUGUCGCAGAUACUUUUGCAACUGCAACGCUCGCGAAGGUUGUUGGUCUUUGCCGCUAAGGAAAACUGGGUCGAGUUCUUCAAGGAACUAGAGAAUGAACAAUGCGAGGGAUUCGAUCCAGAACUGUACCCUGACUGGCUUUUAAUACAGAUUGAAAGUCAGUUCUUGGCACGGCCCGUCCAAAUCAAGGUUGCGCUGGAAAUGAUGUCGCCAUGCAGAGGACGAAACACAGCUCUGCAGCUGAACAUGGGCGAAGGGAAAUCCUACGUCAUUGUUCCCCUCGCAGCAGCCGCACUUUCUGACGGCCAUAAACUGGUUCGAGUCAUUGUGCUGAAGUCGUUGUCUGCUCAGAUGUUCCAGCUCCUGGUUGAACGAUUGAGCGGCCUUGCGCAAAGGCGUAUUUUCUAUAUUCCAUUCUCCCGUGCUCUCUCUAUCGACGCGUCGAAGGUCAAAAUGUAUCGUGACCUGAUGCAAGAAUGCGUGGACACCAAGGGCAUUUUGGUCGUGCAACCGGACCAUAUUUUGUCGUUCCAGUUGAUGGCUGUUGACCGUCAGCUGUCCCAUCAGACUGUUCAAGCUGCUCAAGACAUGCUGUGGGCCCAGCUGUGGCUCGAUAAUCACACACGUGACAUCCUGGACGAAAGUGAUGAAAUCCUGCAUGUCCGCUACCAAAUGGUGUACACUGUCGGUCUCCAAAGUUCGCUUCAAGGUCAUCCCGAAAGGUGGACCACUACACAACAAGUGUUAAGUCUUGUCGCAAAGCACACCGCUCGGCUCAUGAGAGAAUUUCCCUCUGGCUCAGAUGUAUCUAUCCGCGAUCACGGAGUGUUCCCCUUCGUCCGAAUUCUGCACCCGACAGCGGGUGAAAAAUUGGUCCAAUGGAUCGCACAGGAUGUCAUUAACGGGGCACUUGGAAACAUCAGCUUCGAUCAAGCAUCUCUCCACGUCAAACAAGCUGUUCGCCAGUUCAUCGGAACUGAGAAUAUAUCCAGCACCUGUAUCAGUUUAGUGGAGGAUAGCUAUAGACACACCACCGUCUGGCCCGGCCUCCUAGUCUUGCGUGGACUAUUGGCUUGUGGUAUCUUGAUUUAUACCCUCAAAGAACGUCGCUGGCGUGUGGACUAUGGACUCGUCCCAACACGAACGAUGUUAGCCGUUCCAUUCCGUGCUAAAGACAUGCCCUCGCUGCGGGCAGAGUUUGGCUACCCAGAAGUUGCAAUUGCCCUCACGUGCCUGUCAUACUACUAUGCGGGUCUUACCCUCGAGCAGCUGAUGUUGUGCUUCGAGCUUCUGCUGAAGCAGGAUAAUCCCGCUCUCGAGUAUGAAUCAUGGGUGCAUGGACUUGAGUCCGUCCCAGAAAGUCUCCAGCACCUUAGCGGUAUCAACACAGAAUCCACGGAGCAGCUGCCCGACCUUCAGCAUCUGUUCGCGUCCAACAAGGCAGUCAUAGAUUUCUACCUGUCUCGAGUAGUUUUUCCCAAGGAAGCCAAGGCAUUCCCGACGAAGCUCACCUGCUCCGGAUGGGAUCUUGCUCAAGAAAAGAGACAUCUAACAACUGGCUUUUCUGGUACAAACGACAAUCGCUAUCUGCUACCAAGCUCGAUGGUGCAGCACGACCUUGAUCACCAAUGCAGCACGAAUGCCCGAGUCCUAGCCUUGAUUCUCCAUCCGGAAAACAAUUGCUACAGACGUAUCCCGCACGGCCAAAAGGUGCAUGAUUUCAUCAAUACCCUAAUAGCCCAAACCCCGGAGGUCCGCGUCCUCUUGGACGUUGGUGCGCAAAUGCUGGAAUUGAAGAAUCAGGAGCUGGCCGAAGCAUGGCUUCAAGCUAAGCGUGACGCUCAAGCUGCAGUCUUCGUGGAUGACGACGAUGAACUUGUCGUCGUCAGUCGGGAUGGGACAGUCGAGCCUCUUGUGUCGUCCCCCUUCGCCCAGCAGCUUGACCAGUGCGUGAUAUAUCUAGACGACGCCCAUACUAGAGGAACAGAUGUCAAGCUGCCUUCCGGUUUCCGAGCUGCUGUCACGCUUGGCCCCAAAGUCACGAAAGACCGCCUGACCCAAGGAUGCAUGCGAAUGAGGAAGCUGGGCAAUGGGCAUUCAGUAAUGUUCUUCGCUCCGACUGAAGUCGACCGGAGCAUUCGUUCGGCGGCUCAGAAAGCUGAUACCGACGGUGUCGAUGUGGCAGAUAUUCUGCACUGGGCGAUGCUCGAAACCUGUCUUGAUAUUCAGAUGCGUGCGUCCCACUGGGUUCAACAGGGAUCGGAUUUCAAAGCACGGCAUUCCGCAUGGGCUCAAUUCUCACGUACCUCACGUACCCGAACUUCGAUCUCCACCCUAAAGUCUGCCUGGUUACAGCCAGAGGAGCGUUCGUUAGAAGAUAUGUAUGCACCAAGUAGUUCUCCACGACCAUUCGAGUCCCUCGAUCCAGAUAUUCAGAGGAAGUGCUCGGAACUCGGAGUGUUAUUGGCAUCAGCAAGACGCAUGGAUGAGGAACAAGAAAGGGAGGUAGUUCACGAGGUAGAGAGAGAGAGAGAGCGUCGAGUGGAAAGGCCACCCAGGGUCAAACCUGCAGCCCAUGUCCUCCAUGCAGACGUCCGUCUAUUUGUCAAGACCGGCCAAAUUCCCGCUAUGUCUUCUGCAUUCUAUCCGGCGCUGUCCAGCCUUGUCAACACUACUGCUGGAUUUCAUGAGCACGACCAGUGGGCACAUAACGUUUUAGUCACCCACGACUUUACUCGUACUGUGAAUACUCUCUCCCAUCAAAAGGCGGAUGAUUAUCUGCGGCCCGUCAACUGGGUUAUAUUCAGUGACAAUGGACGCUGCCCAGUGCUGGUGGUCGUGAGCCCUCACGAAGCGGACACACUGCUACCUGCCAUCCGCAGAAGCAAUGUAGUUCACCUGUGCAUCUACGCUCCUCGCACCACAAAAAUGAUGCUGGCAUGCGAUGACCUUCGCCUCUACUGUGUUCCUUCGACGCCACGGUUGACGCCAUUGAAACCGCUGAUUUGCCAGCUCAACCUUUUUGCGGGCCAACUCUAUUUCUCCGAUUACGAGAUGUAUCUCCGCACGUGCAGCUUCUUAGGACUCAACGCACCGCAUUUACGGGACAAGGACUUGAUCGCCGACAGCGACGGGUUCAUCAGGGAGGAGAAUCGUCCUGUUGCCAGAUUAUCGUGCUCAUUCAAGCGAUCCCAGCUUCUUCCACUGAAGAAGUUGUUUGGGAUGAGAAGGAAAGGCAUGGGCUAUCUACCAACUCACCUCGGAAAGGUGCUCGACGGUCGCAUUCUCACCGAGCAGGAUUUCCUGGACUGA